CAACAACGCUCCUUCUUGUUCGACCAAAAACAUCAUUCAUUCCUUCUGGACCCACGAGCAGUGCUCGAUCAACAUUCAUUCUUCCUAACCGACUGUUUUGAGGUUCAUCCGAACUAUCAAGUAAACGGAUCCAUCAUCCCGUCUUGUCGUACAGAGAGUUCAGUGAACUCCCUUUCAUCCCAUCUUUUCAGCCUACCAGCAGACCUCGAGACUCAAAAAGUGCAUACCAAAGCGUGCCCAAAGCUCUCAUCGACAAGCUUGAACCCAACACGGCUUCUCAUACUCUGCCCAGCACAUUCCCUGAUCGAUCUCGAGCUUCGCUAA